UCGCUAACGCCGCAACAACUGAUCCACUUCGCCCAAAUCGUAGACACGGCACUGUUUAAGUCAUAUUUGCUUUACCGGCCUGCAUUACUUGGUUCAUUGUGUCGAGUUGCGAAUUGGUGUGAAGUAUCGGAAGUCGAGGAGGAGCUGCGCGCCCGUGAGAAAUUUGCAGAGCUGAUCUUCUUAUAUAAUGGGAAGAAGAUGCACGCGAAAGCCCUGGCACUCUUGCAGCAACUGAGCGAGAAUGAAGAUGAUAUUAGGGACAAGCUCGAUCCGACGGUUUCUUAUCUCCAGAAACUGGGGCCAGAGUACUUGGACCAGAUAUUCAAGUCUGCACGUUGGGUGUUUGACCAAGACCGUGAAAUGGGUCUCCAGGUUUUCAUGUCCGAGGAUGUUGAACUUCCCCGUUCCCAUGUGGUUGAUUACCUGGAGAAGAUUGACCCUCAAAUUUCCGCACGUUAUAUUGAGUACCUUAUUGAAGAGAAACAUGAAGACGGUGGCAUGUUGCAUGAUCGCCUUGCUGAGCUCUACUUGAGCAUUACCAUCAGUGCUAAGAAACGUGGGGACAACCAGAAACGGGACGAGACGUACGCGAAGCUUCUCCACUUCAUCGACACGACCAACCAUUACCAUCCUGCCCGCCUAUAUGGCCGACUUUCAGAAGAUCUUUACGAAGCACGAGCCAUACUAUUAGGUCGCAUGGGAAGACAUGAGCACGCCCUAGAACUGUAUGCGUACAAGUUAGGCAAUUUCCAGAAGGCCGAGGAGUACUGCAAACGUGUGUACCACCCCGAUACUGAGACCAACACCGUAUUCUUGACGCUGCUGAAACUUUACCUACGACCCACUGCGAAGGAUCUUCCCAACCUCCUUCCACCUGCUCUGGAUCUGAUGAGAAGGCAGAGCCAUCGACUAAAUCCCGUCGAGACACUGCAACUACUUCCGCCUCUCGUAUCAGCGGAGGAAGUGCGGAAGUUCUUGCAGCAGGCUCUGCGGAUGCCAGUUUGUGAUAGUCACGUUAUUCGGGAAAUCAACAAGGCGCGGAGCGAGCAGGUUGCCAGGACGUUGAUGAUCCUCGAAUCUAGACGCGUCAAAGUGACGGACAGCAGAAUAUGCCCCCAAUGCCAUAAGCGACUGGGAAGUAGUGUCAUUGCAGUGCAUGCGCCACGUGGAGAGGUUACCCACUAUCAAUGCCGAGAGGCGUUUUCUAAAAAGCUUAACUCACUAAGGCAAAGUUAA